GUCAGAAAAUUGGUCUGGAAAAAUAGCGCCGAAUUCUUUUUUUUUUUUUUUUACCACAUUAGUCAUUACUCAUUAGUGAUAUUAUAGGCGUCUAAACAAUAUCUUAAUUCGUGACGUAAACUUCCGGCGACCUAUUUUUUUUUCCACACUAGUUCGGACAAACGUAUCUCUCGAACGUUACCGCGAUAAAAACGAUAUUAAUUGCUCUUUUAACUCGUAAAACAAUCUAUGGGGCCAAUCAAUAGUCACCGACCGGUAGUUAACUCCUAUUCAUCGGCCGACGCAGUAUCUAUCGUCCAAAUACAUUAUUUUUUCGUUUAACAUUUUUGUGGUUUGUGUUGUUCCAAAAAAUAUUCAAAAAAAAAAGUUUUACUGAUUAGAAGGCACCUAUAGAUGUUCAACGAUAACGUUGUAUUUGUGUAUAAUAUGAUAGUCUGAAAAUACACUCAACAAGUAAUGAUGUUUAAUUGUAUUGCGAACAAUCAUAAUAAAAUUAAAUGGAGUAACAAUCUGAAAGAUAUUCUAUCCGAUCUUGAAAAUGAUUUGGAUAAAGAAUUACCUCUUUCAUCAAUAUCAGAUUCUGGACACUUAAUUGAAAAUCAUAAUAUUGUAAAAAGUGAGGCACAAAAAUGUAAAACUGUUGGGUACCAAACAAGACUAAAAGUUAAACAGGAACAGGAUUACAAAUUACCACAUCUAUUAGAAGCAGACUUGGUACAAUCAACAGGGCAAUCAACUGAUAACCAUAAAAUAAUAAAAUACAGACCUCUAACAUAUGAAACAGUUGAUAAUCAAAUCGAACUUGACAUUUGUCAAGAUAAUGAAUUACCUCUUUCAUCAAUAGCAGAUUUCUUGCACCCAAUAGAUCUUAAGCUUGAAAAUGGUGAAUCAAAAAAAUUAAUUAAACAGGAAAACGAAUUAGUUCAAAUAUCAGUAGCAAAUUUUAUAUAUUCGAUUAAUAAUAAUGAAAUCAUAAUAAGUGAAACACAAAAAUGUAAAACUGUUGGAUACCGAACAAGACUAAAAGUUAAACAGGAACAGGAUAACAAAUUACCACAUCUAUUAGAAGCAGACUCAAUACAAUCAACUGAUAACCAUAAAAUAAUAAAAUACAGACCUCUAACAUAUGAAACAGUUGAUAAUCAAAUCGAACUUGACAUUUAUCAAGAUAAUGAAUUACCUCUUUCAUCAAUAGCAGAUUUCUUGCGCCCAAUAGAUCAUAUGCUUGAAAAUGGCGAAUCAAAAAAAUUUGAAACUGUCAAUACCAAAUCAGAAGAAAACAUGGAUUAUUACAAUAAACCUGAGUCAGAUAGAAUGAUAUUCAAUGAAGAACAGAGUACAAUUAAUAAUCCACCAGGGAAAUAUGAAUGUGAUAUUUGCAGUAAAAUCUUUCCUUCGCGUACUCAAAUAAUUAAACAUUUUAAAACUUCAUUGUGCUAUCCAGAUGUAGUUUAUGUUUAUGAUAAUUUUUAGAAAGUGAAAUAUUAAUAUAAUAUUUUUUUAUAAUUAAUACGUUAAAAUAUAAAUUUUAUAAAUUGUUUUUGAUAAGCACCUUGUUUUUAAGUAAUAUUGAUAAAUGAUGUAAUGAGUGCUUAAAUGUUUGAAACACUUUUUGGGGUGGCUCAUAUGGGUUUAUGUUUUUUUUUACUUUAAUAUUAAUUUAACUUAUUUUAAUUUUUUUUAUUUACAUUGAAGUGUGUAUUUGAAAACACAAAUUUGUAGUAUUGAUAAGUUAUUUUUAUUAUUGAUAUCUGUGAUUUUGUUUUUUUUUUUAUCAUUUAUUUAUAAUAAUUAUUG